GUUAUAAAAGGGACGGCCUGAUCGACGAAUCCUUCCCGUCUAUUGGGUUCGAAGUCAUCGAUCUCGCCGUCGCCUCUUUACAAGGUUGCUAUAGAAGAAGAGACCAUCUCUUGCUCUCUUCGCAGUUCUCGGGUCGCCGGAGAUGAGGUCUUUCCGUCCCAUAUCCCUCCUCGGCUUCCUCCUUCCUCUCCUUCUCCUAUUAUUCUCCUUCUCCUCGGCCUUCCAAUCCGACGAGCUUCUCCAAGACGAUGAGGAAUUCGGCCUGGAAGGAGCCCCUCGCUCCCCCGAUCUCGACCACCCAAGCCCUACCCGACCGCCGCCCCGCCGGAGGCCCGAUCUGGAUCUUUCUUCCUCCGUAUCCACCUCGGAUUCCAAGUCGGUCCAGUUCUCGCUCGAGCACGCCUUCGGCGACUCCAAUUUCUCCCCCGCCGGGACCUUCACCGCUCGGCUCAAGUCCUGGAGCCACGGCGGGCAGACUCUUACCAAGCUUCGCUUUUCAAGGAAUGCUCUUACAGAAGCAGAGAAGGCAGCAUUUGAAAGGCUAUUGAAAGAUGAUGACUAUUAUAGGAUUCGAGUACCCUCUAAUGUAUUGAGUCCUCCAGGAAAAGAUUUUGUUAUUUCAUCUGUCAGAGCUAGGUGUAUUCCCCGCGAGACUUUGGAUGAGCAUUUUGUAAUUCACAUGGAUGGUGGGAAUAUUUUGGCAGUGAACUAUGGUUCUGCUGGUGCUUGCCAGUACCCACGCUCACUAAAUUAUCCAGCAAAAUGGUCAUUCAACUCAUACACAUUUCUGAAGAACAGCGAGCAAGCACCGAGAACUCCAACAUUUGCUGAAGAAUUGCUUGCAGUGGAGAGUGGACUUGGUGAGGGCGUAAAACCACCUGAAAAGUCAUUUUGGGCUAAAUAUUGGAUGUAUCUAAUCCCUCUGGGUCUCAUUGUCAUGAAUGCCAUCACGCAAGCCAUGAACAUGGCCGAGGAACAGACUGCUGGGCAGUCUGCUUCGCAAGGACAGCAAGCGGGUGCACAGCGAGCACCAAAUGCUGCUGUGAGAAGAAGAUGAUAGGUUUCAGGCUUUGACCAAGGCAUGGGUUGCGACCAUGUAAGCUCGCAGCAGUUUGUGUUUGGAACAGCAGCUGGAUGAAAAUUGAUUUUUCUGUCUCGUGUUCACUGUUCAUUAAAAGUAACUUCAGUUUUCUACUUAUAAAGUCCUUGACAAGUAACAAGUCCCAAGUGGAGGAGAUUAAGAGGUCAUUAAGUUUGUAGACUUUCCAAGAAGCUGCCAUGCAAUUGAGCAUCGAGACAUUCGUGUGCUUGAGGGGACGUGUCAUAUGCCUCUCAAUCCAUUGGUACUGUUGGAUCCUCACGAGCAUUUUGAUUGAUGUUCAUACCCUUAGACAAUGAUUGUACCUUCCAGGAAAAUUUGAUAUCUAAUAUAUCUUUGGAGCUGAUAUAAUAUAUAAUGGACUCGUUCAUUGUUUUUCC